ACGCGGGUGCAGGGGCGAUGGAGCUGUUGGCGUGCGAGCUGUUCGGGGUUCGCGCGCUGCGCUUCGGGGAGUUCGUGCUGAAGAGCGGCCUGGUCUCCCCUGCUUAUAUUGACCUGCGCGUCGUUGUAUCACACCCGGCUCUGCUCAACAAGGUAGCUGAUCUCCUUUUUCAAAUUGCAAAGGAUGAGACACUCAAGUAUAAUUCCGUGUGUGGUGUUCCAUACACAGCUUUGCCAUUGGCUACCAUCAUCUGCUCAAAGAAUCAGAUCCCAAUGCUUAUACGGAGAAAAGAGGCUAAAGAUUAUGGUACCAGAUGCCUUGUGGAGGGUGCAAUAAAUCCAGGAGACACUUGUCUGAUUAUUGAAGAUGUAGUUACCAGCGGUUCAAGUGUCUUGGAGACAGCUGAGGUCCUUCGGAAAGAGGGUUUGAAGGUUACUGAUGCCAUUGUGUUGUUGGACAGAGAGCAAGGGGGGAAAGCCAUGCUGGAAAAGCAUGGAAUUCACUUACAUUCUGUUUGUACCUUGUCUCAGAUGCUCAAGAUCCUUGAGCAGGAGAAAAAAGUUGCUCCUGAGAUGGUAGCAAAGGUGAAAAAAUUCAUUCAGGACAAUACUUUUAAACCUUCUGAGCAAAAUGGCAUGGCUUCUCUGAAAAGAAAGUGCAAAGAAAUGAGUUUUGCUGCUCGGGCUGAGCUGCCAGGCACCCAUCCCCUAGCUGCUCGGCUUCUCAGGCUCAUGGAAAAGAAGAGGUCUAAUUUGUGCCUUUCUGCUGAUGUGACCAAUUCCAAAGAACUGCUGCAGCUGGCUGCCACUCUGGGGCCUUCCAUCUGUAUCUUGAAAACUCACGUGGACAUCCUGGAUGAUUUCACCCAGGAUGUAAUACAAGAGUUGAGAAGGCUUGCAGACCAGCACGAAUUCUUGAUAUUUGAAGACCGCAAGUUUGCAGACAUUGGAAAUACUGUGAGGCAUCAAUAUGAAGGUGGUGUUUUCAAGAUAGCAUCCUGGUCAGAUAUCGUGAAUGCCCAUGCGGUCCCUGGACCAGGAGUUGUUCAGGGAUUGAAGGAAGUGGGGGAUCCUUUACAGCGAGGAUGUCUCCUGAUUGGAGAAAUGAGCUCGGAAGGGUCCCUGGCCACUGGUGACUAUACUAAGGCUGUGGUUAAAAUGGCUGAAGAACACUCAGAUUUUGUUUUGGGAUUUAUUUCUGGUUCCAGAAUUGUUGAAAAACCUGAAUUUCUUCACUUGACUCCAGGUGUUCAGAUGCAGGUUGGAGGUGAUAGCCUUGGGCAGAAGUACCUAACUCCUCAAGAAGUUAUUGGUAAAAGACUUUCAGAUAUCAUCAUUGUAGGCCGUGGGAUUUUGUCUGUGCCCAGAGCCCUGGAGGCAGCAGAAGCAUAUAGGAAGCUGGCCUGGGAAAGUUAUUUGCAGAGGAUUGGUGUUAGUGCACAAAAUUAACCCAAGUAUUGCAUUUCAUUAAGAAAACCAGUCCUAAAAGUGGGAAUAAUCAAGAGGGUAGUUCUUGGUUUUCCCCUCAGGAAAUGGUUAUGUAUGUUAAAAUAAAUCACCCACUGAGAUAUUUGAGAAUUUUGCUGUAAUGUUUUUGAUACUUGAGCUGAAACAGCAAUUUUCCUGUUCAGCUGAUUUUAGAAUUCUGCUUCUUCUUUGCUUAGAGAAGUACAAAUGAAAGCACCCUGAUGAAAAGCAAAACCAAAAAAGCACCCCAAAGGGCAUUUUGGAAAUUACAGAGCCAGAAAUCAGAUAGAUUCUUGUCAUCUAGUAGUAUGGGCAAUUCUGACAUACAUUGUAAGGGAUGUGGCUAAGCCCUCUGCUUAAAGAAAAUAUUCUGUCUCAGCAUUGGGCAUUUCGGAUCCAUGUUUGAAUAUUUUUUGCUGGGAAAUGACUAUUUUUUUGCCUUAGGUUGUUGAUUAUAUCCUCUGGUGUCUUUGUAUUGCUGGCAGAUCAAAUUCUCCUUUCCCAUUGCAGCCCUCACAGGUCUCCAAAUACGUUGUGAAGGGUCAGGAGAUUCCUUAAGUCGACUUGAGGUGUGCACAGGGGAGGGGGCUGGCAGGGACAAGGAGGAAUCAAUGUUCCUGCUGUAUGAGCAGCAAUCUGGUAAUCUAAUGUUGGAUGUAGCCCAGCAUUGUUACACUUGUCCAUGUGUUAAUGGGUGCCUUGAUGACAGUAUGCACAGAUGAAUCAUUCCAUCCUAUAUUGUGACAACCUCAUGCUAAGUUGAGGAAAUGUGUUGUUCUUGUUAGCAAUUGCCUGAAAUGUAAUAUGUACUGCUUGUUGUGACAGAAUGAAUUAAAUUGUCAUUCCUAGUUA